CUAAUCUACUGGCGGCGCGGAGAAGUUCUGGGCAAAGUACUGGGAACCGGCUGCGCGUCCGCAGCGCCAGCAAUCGUGGCAUCGCCGGGGACCCCAGCGCACGGAGGCCAGUACGCGGCGCGAACUCCGGCCCCGCUGUCCAUCCGCUAGUGGCCGUCCCCGCCGCCGUCUAUUGCUGCUGGCACGGGAACUGUCAGCUGCGCGUUGCAGGGGGACCGGAGAAGCCGGCUUUGCCUCCUCCCGGGUCUGCGGGCGAAGCCGGGAGACGGGCACCGGAGAACUAGGCGGAGUCCCCGACGGCGGAGCGUGCAGCUUUCCUGCGGGCCAGAUGGUAACUACUGGACAGCUUUGUGGAACUGUUUCUAGGACCUCGUCACUUGUGCAGGACCACUCUUAAAAGGCUUCUCACAUUCACUCCCCACUCUGUGAAAAGGCACCUGGCUGGUGGAGAGUGGAUUUUGAUGCCUUCUGAAGAUAGUAGCAAGUGAGAUUUCCUCCGGGUCAUCCAAAAUGCUGUUAAAACAUAUUGGAUAAGAACUGAGCCACCUGCCUGUGUGGGACUUCCAUACUCUCCUGUAUUGUCUUCGGAUGGCAUUUUGAUUUUCAUCGAGGCCAAGUGACCUGCUGUUCAGGAUGAGUGAUGAGAAGAACCUUGGGGUGUCUCAAAAACUGGUCUCACCUUCAAGGAGCACCAGUAGCUGCUCCUCCAAGCAGGGAAGUCGACAGGACAGCUGGGAGGUGGUGGAAGGGCUGAGAGGAGAGAUGAGUUACACCCAGGAGCCGCCCAUGCAGAAAGGAUUCUUGCUGAAAAAGAGGAAAUGGCCCUUGAAAGGCUGGCACAAGAGAUUUUUCUAUCUGGACAAGGGAAUCUUGAAAUAUGCCAAGAGCCAAACCGAUAUAGAGAGAGAGAAGCUUCAUGGCUGCAUUGACGUUGGGCUCUCAGUGAUGUCUGUGAAGAAGUCAUCAAAAUGCAUAGAUCUUGAUACCGAAGAGCACAUCUACCAUCUGAAGGUAAAGUCAGAAGAAAUCUUUGAUGAGUGGGUAUCUAAACUCCGCCACCACAGAAUGUAUCGUCAGAAUGAAAUCGCCAUGUUUCCACAUGACGUUAAUCACUAUUUCCAAGGAUCCACGGUCACAGACUCUGCGUCUGGUGUCUUAGACUCUAUUUCAAGUAGGAAGCGUAGCAGUAUAUCAAAGCAGAAUUCAAUUCAAACUGGAAGCAAUUUAUCAUUUUCUUGUGGUGGUGAGACCCGUGUUCCAUUAUGGUUACAGUCUUCAGAGGACAUGGAAAAGUGCUCGAAAGACCUGGCACACUGUCAUGCCUACCUGGUGGAAAUGAGCCAGCUCCUACAAAGUAUGGACGUCCUGCAUCGGACCUAUUCGGCGCCAGCUAUCAACGCCAUCCAGGGUGGAGCUUUUGAAAGUCCUAAAAAGGAAAAAAGAUCACACAGGAGGUGGCGGUCCAGAGCUAUUGGCAAAGAUGCUAAAGGAACACUGCAGGUCCCUAAACCUUUUCCUGGCCCAGUAAGACUACAUUCCUCCAACCCUAAUUUGUCAACAUUAGAUUUUGGAGAAGAGAAAAAUUAUUCUGAUGGCUCUGAAACCUCCUCAGAGUUUUCUAAAAUGCAAGAAGAACUGUGUCAUAUUGCUCAUAAAGUUUACUUCACUUUAAGGUCAGCUUUUAAUACCAUAUCAACGGAGAGAGAAAAACUCAAGCAGCUGAUGGAACAGGAUGUCUCCUCCUCCCCCUCGGCCCAGGUCAUUGGUCUGAAGCACGCCCUGUCAUCUGCCCUAGCACAAAACACAGACCUUAAAGAACGCUUAUGCAGAAUCCAUGCUGAGUCUCUGCUCCUCGAUUCCCCUGCUGCUGCCAAGUCGGGUGACAGUCUGGCAGAGGAAAACUCCAGAGAUGACAACCGAGCUCUGGUCCAUCAGCUUUCCAAUGAAAGUAGACUCUCCAUCACUGACUCCCUUUCAGAGUUUUUUGAUGCACAGGAAGUUCUGUUAUCUCCAAGCUCUUCAGAAAAUGAGAUUUCUGAGGAUGACUCCUAUGUCAGUGACAUAAGUGAUAACCUUUCCUUAGACAAUCUCAGUAAUGAUUUAGAUAAUGAGAGACAGACCUUGGGGCCUGUGCUUGAAAGCGGUGGGGACGCAAAGUCCAAAAGAAGAAGUUGCUUGCCAGCUCCGUGUCCCAAUGCCAGUAACAUCAGCCUGUGGAACAUCCUGAGGAACAACAUAGGGAAGGACCUGUCCAAGGUGGCCAUGCCGGUGGAGCUGAACGAGCCGCUGAACACCCUGCAGCGGCUCUGCGAGGAGCUGGAGUACAGCGAGCUUCUGGACAAGGCCGCACAAGUCCCCAGCGCCUUGGAAAGGAUGGUGUACGUGGCAGCCUUUGCUGUAUCAGCAUAUGCAUCUAGCUAUUUCCGAGCUGGGAGCAAGCCCUUCAAUCCUGUUCUUGGAGAAACCUAUGAGUGUAUCCGCGAGGACAAAGGCUUCCGGUUUUUCUCAGAGCAGGUCAGCCACCAUCCACCUAUCUCUGCAUGUCACGCUGAGUCUGGAAAUUUUGUUUUCUGGCAAGAUGUGAGAUGGAAAAACAAAUUCUGGGGCAAAUCCAUGGAAAUUGUCCCCAUUGGCACCACCCACGUGAUUCUGCCAGCCUUUGGAGAUCAUUUUGAGUGGAACAAAGUGACCUCUUGCAUCCAUAACAUCUUAAGUGGGCAGAGAUGGAUUGAGCACUAUGGGGAGAUUGUCAUCAAGAACCUGAAUGAUGACUCCUGCCACUGCAAAGUGAAUUUCAUAAAGGCAAAAUACUGGAGCACUAAUGCCCGUGAGAUUGAAGGUACGGUAUUUGACAAGAAUGGAAAAGCCGUGCAUCGGCUCUUCGGGAAAUGGCACGAAAGCAUCUACUGUGGGGGCUCCUCCUCGUCCACUUGUGUCUGGAGAGCAAAUCCCAUGCCAAAAGGCUAUGAGCAAUAUUAUGGCUUCACACAGUUUGCCCUAGAAUUAAAUGAAAUGGAUCCAUUGUCAAAGUCUUUAUUACCACCUACUGACACUCGAUUUAGACCAGACCAAAGGUUCCUAGAAGAAGGGAACUUGGAAGAAGCUGAAAUACAAAAGCAGAGGAUUGAACAGCUACAGAGAGAAAGGCGACGGGUCUUAGAAGAAAAUAAUGUGGAACACCAGCCGCGGUUUUUCAGGAAAUCCAAUGAUGACUGUUGGGUGAGCAACGGCACCUAUUUGGAACUUAGAAAAGAUCUUGGUUUUUCCAAACUGGACCAUCCUGUCUUGUGGUGAAAAAGGAAAGAAGAAUGAUACACCUGUACUUCUCCUGUGUUUGCUUUCUGAAGCCACAAACCUGUGUCUAUAUAUUUAAAAGAAAUUAUCUAGAAUGAUUACCUGUGCUUAGCUUAGCAUUGUAUUUAAGUAUGUAUUUUCUUCAAUAGUUUCCUUUAUAAUUUCAAAUGUUAUCACAAUUGUUUAUAUGAAUGUAGAACACCUUGAUAUUUCAUUUUAUAUAUAAGCUAUUUAAUAAAAAUGAAAGACUGAAUGUUAAUGUGUGGGUUAAAAAAGAAGCUUUAACACUAAUUUUCCAAAGGUUAGGAAAAUUCAAAUUAAAUUCAUGCCUUAUAAAAUUACGUUGGAG